UGUUGUGAAAGAAUUAGAGCAAAACUUGGGAAUGAUCGAGGUUGUCAGCGAUGCCCUGAUAGUACGCAGAGCGAACUCUCUUGUCAGCCUCAACUUCCUCAGGAAUCUACGAAGAAUAGAAGGGCGUGUUGGAGGACUAGAAAUGAAUGAGUACUCCCUUUACGUGCUGGCAAACAACAAUCUCCAACAACUCUUUGACUUCUCCCAGCAUCCAAACAUCAGCAUCGGCAACGGCAAGUUCUUCUUUCACUACAACCCCAAGUUAUGCUACUCGGAGAUUGAGAAACUUCACAAUCUCACCGGGAUCAAGGCUCCGCUUAGCAACAUUGAUGUCUCACUUUCAUCCAAUGGAGACCAAGUCGCUUGUAACACCCAUCGUUUGAAUCUAGAGUUUGCUUUCUUUCAAUCCGUGCUGUCAGUGAGAUGGUCUCCCCCAAAGGGAAAGGGAGAUGUGCGUGAGAUCGUGGGUUACAUCCUGUCUUACCGUGAAGCGCCCCAAAGGAACGUGACAGAGUUAGACGGUGAAGAUGCGUGCGGAACCAGUCUAUGGGAGGUCCAGUACAUUCCACCCACCGAAACGUCUACCUUUGUGGCCAACCUGAAGCCAUGGACACAGUAUGCAUUCAUGGUACGGACGUACACCAUCGCCGGGGCUCAGUUCAGCGCCAGGAGUAACAUUCAGUAUCUGUUAACACCAGAAUCGAAGGCUUCCCCACCUAGCAGCCUGAACGUCAUCUCAAAUUCGUCAUCUGAGCUGGUCAUUACUUGGAAACCACCGGAGCAUCCAAAUGGAAACCUCACACAUUACAUCAUAACAUGGGAACCUCGAUACUUAUUCAAACAGCAGUUUGAAGACAGGGAUUUCUGCAGAGAGAAACUGCCAACCCUGCGGAAGUCCGAGUCCAGCACAGAGAUGGAAACAUCGGAAGAUGAAGACACUAACACUACUAUGGUUGGAGCGGGAUGCUGCACCUGCCCCAUCGAUCCGGAGGAGCUUCGAAGACGGGAAGAAGAUGCCCGCUUCCAGAAGGAUUUUGAGAAUCAGCUCCAUAAUAAUAUAUACAUGAAGAGGGAUUUCAUUAAUAUUAGUAGACCUGGCACACGUCGCAGGAAGCGGGAUGUCCCAGGCAGCGCGAUCCAAGAUUUUGGUACCACGUCCACCACCACCACCACCAGUUUCAUUACCCCUAUACAGACCACGCCCACCCCUGGAUUCAACCUUAAUGGCUCUGUGUACCCCAGUAGCCCCUCUUCAGGGGUGAAUGCUUCCACCCCACCACCAGCCAGGGUUGAGGAGAGAGUCAUCGGUCUGGUUGGGUCCUUCCAUGUUCCUGGGUUGGAGCACUUCACCGAGUAUCUCAUCACCCUGCAAGCUUGUAACUCCAGGGAAUGUAGCCGUGCUUCAGCUGUAUAUGGACGCACCCUGCCAAAAGAAUCGGCCGAUCAGAUAGAGUCUACCGUGAUGAUAAACCACACCUCGACAGACAGGGUCCACCUGACUUGGGCCGCACCCACCAACCCAAACGGCAUAGUGGUCAUCCACGAGGUUAGGUUCGAGAUGAUCGACCCCAAGGUCGACGAUGUCGGUGAUGAACGAGAUGCGUAUACGGUGGUAGAGAGCCUCUCAACACCAAAACCAGUGACACAGUCGACAGAGAACACUGAAUGUGUUUCAGCAGAGGGUUACAGACGGGUUCUCGGAGCGGAGCUCUUGGGGUUGAAGGUCGGUAACUACACAGCGAUGGUGAGGGCGGUGUCACUUGCCGGCGAGGGUCCGUGGACCAAGCCCGUCACGUUUAGUGUACCGGAUAUAAAAAAUAAUCCUACGUACGAACCGGAGAAAGCCCUACCUCCGAUGAUGGGAGUCACAAUAGCAGUCAGCAUCGCAGCAGUUAUUAUUAUCAUUGUCUUUAUCAUCAUCUUCCUGAGAUGGCAUUAUCGCAAGGACCAGAUGCCUGAUGGUGUUCUCUAUGCGUCUGUUAAUCCAGAAUACAUGAGUACCAGUGAUAUGUAUGUUGCUGAUGAAUGGGAGUUUCCCCGUGAUAAGCUGGAGAUUAUCAGAGAGCUGGGAAAAGGUAGUUUUGGUAUGGUCUAUGAGGGUCUAGCCAAGGGCAUUCUACCAGAGGAAGAAGAGAUCUCAAGAGUGGCCAUCAAGUCUGUCCAAGCCAACGCAUCCAUGAGAGACAGGAUCGAGUUCUUGAAUGAAGCAUCCGUGAUGAAACUUAUUGACGCCCACCAUGUUGUGAGGUUACUCGGGGUCGUUUCAAAAGGUCAGCCGACGUAUGUGAUAAUGGAGUUUAUGGCGCAGGGCGACCUUAAAAAUUGGUUAAGAGCAAGAAGACCCGAGAACCAACAAGACUUACCGCUGAUAGAUCGUAAGAAUGUGCCCACCCUUGAGCAGCUUCUGAACAUGGCCGCUGAGAUUGCGGAUGGCAUGUCAUUCUUAGCAGCAAGGAAAUAUGUUCAUAGAGAUCUCUCAGCCAGGAAUUGUCUGGUAUCAGAAGAGGGAACAUGUAAAGUAGCAGACUUUGGUCUUGCAAGAGACAUCUAUCAAUCCGAUUACUACCGCAAGGAAAGGGGUGGGAUGCUACCUAUUAGAUGGAUGGCUCCAGAAUCUGUCAAAGAUGGUGUGUUUCAAACAAGCUCAGAUGUCUGGUCAUUUGGUAUAUUAUUAUGGGAGAUGUCAACAUUAGGUGAGCUGCCUUACCAAGGUCUAUCAAAUGAGGAGGCUGGAGAAUAUAUCAAAGGAGGAAAUGUACUAAGAGCACCAGAAAAUUGCCCAGAAAAAAUCCAUGAAAUUAUGAUGGCCUGCUGGCAAUAUCAAGAGAAGCUAAGACCGACCUUUGGUGAGAUUCUACUUGCCUUGGAAGAUACCGGUCUUCUUCAAGAAUCCUUUGCCCAAAACUCCUUCUUCCUCAGCGAGCAGCUUCACGCCAACGAGGUCCCCGACAAUAUGAGCUCCAAGGAGCUAGAGACAGUCUCCAUCCUAGACCAGAAUGCAAGGAACAAUGAAAACCUUUAUACCAACAUGUCUAGCAACAAAGCAGCGGGAGCUAGCAAUGGGGGGAACGGUUCCGGUGGUAGCGUUCAGGUACCCAUCGUGACGGGACCUUCGUCGUCACCGAGGGAUCGGAACGGUAGCCUGACGGGGAAUGGCUCGAUACCGCACGGGGUAGGGAAGUGCACGGAAUGCUGAGGGUGGGUGUGUCUUGGACUUCUAUUCUUUUGCAUGGUUUGAGAUGGCGGAAGCAAGAAAAGCCACUGUGAACUGGUUGAAAACCUCUCUGCAGUCACAUUGGUCUCAAGGAAUAGGACCAGGAAAGAAGACAAGACAUGGAAUGGAACGGAUAUCAUUGAGAGAUUGAAUCUGAUCCAUCUAAAAACAAAGGAGGAGGAUGAAGGAUGCGAGGAAGCCGUUACCAUGGCAACAGUCGAGAGAUGGAGAAUGCUCCAGAAUUGCUUAGAAGGGACCUCGGUGGGUCUCGAUGGAUUGCAAAUGAAAAAGCAGUAUUAAAAUGGUUCAAAAUGAAGCUAUGGAUGAUGUCAUAGAUCUGAUGAUGUUUUGAACUUCAGUUUUGUGGUCUUACGUGCAAAUGGAUUGCUUGCAUAGAGAUAUUUUGGGAGGUUGUGCAAAUGAAAAUGGUCAGUCUAUCAAUGUAACUUCAGUUAAUGAGCGUUUGCUGAUACAGUAAAAUCAGGGUCUGAUAUGAAAUGGUAUGGACCAAUAUCAGAUACAGACGAAUAAUCAUUAACCUCUGCCUUUUAUCAUUGUUCAAUUUCUUUCUCUAUCAAUUCCUACUAUUUUUUUGUAUCUUCAAAACAUUUAUUUUCUCUCGUUCUUUAUAGUCUUUUCCUCAUUUAUUUCCCCCUCUUCUUUUUUCUCCAUUUCUCUUGAUUUUUUUUGCUAGUUUUUAUUUUUCUUUUCUAUUCGUAUCUCCUUUCCUGAAAGAUAAUAAUGCUAACAACAAAGCAAUUUAUUAAAUGCUUGUAUCUACUCUGUGUGUGAUCAAGACACUAUUAACAUUUCUUAUCCUGGAUUUAGCUUAUUUCUCUUUCUUUUGUUUCUUCCCCUUUAUUUCACCCCCCCCCCCCACCUUCUUGAUCUCUUUGACAAUGUCUCUGAUCAUAUACACCAUGUUUUAUCAGUAAGCCACAAAAAAACCUCUGGAUGUUCAUUUGCGUUUGUUUUGUUUUAUAUGGUGCAAUAUUGGAAAGUAGAAGGGAGGAAGAAAGAAGAUAUAAUCAUCUUGCCUGCUUGGAUGCAUAUACAUAACAGCCUGUCUACUAAAAGUUAGACCCAAUUUUCAAUGAGGAAUAAAAUACUUAUGACUUGUAUUUCAACUUGCAUUGUUUACAACUUGUGCAGAAGUGUCUGUGCAAACCAUUUGUUUAAAAAAAAUUGAAAGUCUUGAUUGGAAUUCCUCUUAAUUGUGAUGUUCUGGAAGUUUCUCUGACAUUUUACUCUGUGGUGUUAAGUGUAUUUCACAUCUGUUCAGAUGUUAACCUUUCUGCGAUGUUCGGAAUUUCACUGGAUGAGCCGAUUCCUACAUGUAGAGAGCUAAUAAUUGAUAUCAUGUUUUGUCUACGAAAGUUUUGUAUAUACAGGGUAUAUGUGGGACUAAAGAGAUAUUCUCUGUUAUUUUGGAAUGGGGGAGGGGGAAAGAGAGAUAAACUCCAUACAUUGAAUUCAAUUCAACGCCUUUCAAUUAAACUCAUUCAUAGACAAUAUUUUGAAAGGAAAUUAUCUUCUCUAUUUGCAGCUCUGAUGUAUGUAACUCUCUUCCCUUGUGAUGAUACCAUGUACGUGUACUAAAUGUAAGAAAGAGGUCACUAAUAUCUGUGUAUAUUCCUUGUCAUAAAUGCAUUAAAAUCUUAUCUCUGUGUGCUAUCGAUGUGUAUUUUGUAAAAAUCAAUCCAAGCAAUGAAAUCUUGGUAAAUAUUUUAUUAUAUUGAAAACCAGAGAAAAGGGUUCUAUUGGACAAUCCUGGUUAAGAUUGGUGCUUGUCUUUAAUAUUUUUGUUGAAAAAGUUGGAAAAAUCGAUAUAAAGCAUUCCAAUUUUUAAUAUGCUGUACAAAAAUUGAGAAAAAUGCUACUUGAAAGGAUGUAAAGUAGUAUAUUACUUGAUUUCCCCUAUUUUCUACUUUGAAUGUUGGGUGUCUUUUUUUUUGCAUCGAAGUUUAAUUUCAUGUAAAGAAGUUUCCCUAUUUGGUAUCUCUAAAAAAAUGUACACUGUUCAUUAAUGAAUCAUUAUCGUAAUCCAUCCAUUGCCUCAUUCAAAUUGGCAACUCAGAUAUGUUUAUUGUAUAAUGUUGAAUUGAGUAAAUGUCUGUUGCAUAUCAGAAGUAUUUCUGAGUACUUUGAGCUUCUACGUAGCACUAAAAAUUUAAUAUAUGAAAUUCAUACUGUAUUCAAUCUUAUCUGGACGUCACUGAUAAUUUUUUUAUCCUCCUUAUAUCUCACACAUAUGAAUGUGUACAUCCCACCCCAAAUUGUCAUGCAUUUCAAAGUAGCAACUCUGAUAGUGUAUUUCUUCCAACUUGAUAUCAAAGCUCUUAAAAGUAUCAUUACUAAAGAAAACCUGCAGUACUUACAAAAUUUAAUUUACCAACAAAAAAAAUCCACAGUACUUUCACUUUUAGUGACAUUAAUGAAACAAGUUUUGGCAGUUGCAUAUAUAAAGUGUUUAAUUGACUGAAACAAAAUUUAGUACUUGAAUGAAAUUUAGCAAAACAAUUCCAUUAAGCGUAAUAGCCACUAGACUAUAUUACAUAAUAUCAAGUAUUCAAACAAAAGUACGUCUACUUAAUUAUUUCCUCUUUUCUUCAAUUCAUCUCAGUUUAAGUAUAUCUGCCAGUACUGAAAAAAAUCACCCUGCAUCAUAUGAAGAUAAGGAACUGAAAUAGGCAGCUCAUUAAGUAACUAUCUCAACUUUCUAAACUUAAAUUUGUAAUGAUAUUGAAAAUGUAUGGAAGGAAAUCAGAAGUAAUUUUUGCAUGUUUUUUCUAAUAGUACUAGAAAAGAGCCUUUCUAUUGAUAAAUCUCUGAAGGUCCAACAACUCAUCUUUGAAAUUGCUUCAAAUUAUUGUAUACAAAAUGUUAAUCAACUCCUUUCUCACUGACUUCCACAACUCGUCUCAUUUGUAUUUUUCAUUUUAGAGAUUAAAAUGCUUGCUGAAAGACGCUUAACUAUUUUUUUCAUGGUACCUUUUCCUCUAUAAGAAUAAACACACUGUACAUGGUUUCACCUUCCUAUAAACAGUUAAGAACAAAAGCAUGUUUGAUUUGCAUCAUACAAUAACGUCUGGUUUCUCAUUUUGUGUAUCAGUUAGGAAAUAAUGCAUGCUCACAAUUCGUAAACUAUAUAUUUAUAACAAUAUUAAAGUUUUAUUAUGGUAUUACAUGAAGAUCGACUGCUGUGCCCUCCAUGUAAAUUUUCUUUCGAGUUUGAUCGCUAAUUCUACAAACCAGUGUCUGUAAAAACAUGAACAUCUCAACCAAAAGCAUGAAAUAAAAAUGAACAGAUAAUUGCCUGUCGAUAUUGUAACAAAGUUUGAUUACUCUCUUAAAAAAAGGGCAUGAAUUCAGAUCUGAUCAUCAUCUGUAAAAAUGAAUGCAUCUUCAAGAAAACGGAUCAAAUAUAACGUUUGAUAGCAUGCUUGAAAGGUCAAAUGUUUUGAUUUUCACCUUGGAGUGGCACAGUCUAGUCAUAUUUCUUUUCUGUUUCUGAAUUCUUGGUGCAAUAAUGCAGAUGACAAUGAAGAUUUCUGGAGUAUUUGUUGCCUAUUUUUCCCUCGUGCAAGUCUCAUUUAUUUUUGUGUUAUCCUUAUAUUGUGGAUGACAUCAUCAUGCACGAUGGCGCCAUACUUGUAGUGUCAUGUUUUGUGUGUACAUUAUUCAUUGCAGUAUUAUUUCCCACUGUUGCUCUGAUAAUAUUGAAGAUGUUAUGGUUUUUGUCUUAUUUCUAUGCUGCAGGUAUGGUUUUAUCUUGUGUUAAAAGAUGAUAUUAGCUUAGAUUUAGAGUUAUAGAUGUUUGUGGUUAAGAAGAAAACCCUGCCGUCGACUUCAACUGAAUUUCAUAGUACUUUUGCACAAAAAGGUUCCACCCAUGAAAGAUGUUAUGCAUACUUAAUACUACUUAAUUGCCACUUGCCCAUGUAAAUUUAGAGGUAUUUGAACUCAGUAACUUGUUAGAUAUUUUGCACCAGUCCUGUGGUGAUUACCUUUAUGUAUAAUGACACAUUUCUAGUCAGAACUCCAAAUUCUCGCACUAAAUGAAUAAAGGGACAUGACCUGUUUCCUUGUUACUAAUAGCAAUUUCUAGAAAUCAAAUUGCCAUUUAGCAAUCCAAAGUUCAGUAGCAAAUAACAGUAGUUUAUAACAGUAUAAAUCAUAUUUUUAUUUGUUAUUAAUAACAAAUAUGGGUAAAUGACAAAUAGUCCUUUGCCAAACAAAGUUCAUUUUCUCAGUUUCAUAUACUUUAGUAACAGAAGAGUUUACAGAAGUUUUCAUGAAUUUUUUUAGUUAAUAUCAACUAUCAAAUGUGGGAAAUUCAGUGAUGAAUUUGCAUAUAACAGUAUUUUUUUCUUCUGAAUUUGUUAUAAAUAUCAAAUGUAGGUUAUGAAUAGCAAAUGUAGGGGAUCUGUGACAAAAGCUCUUACCCAAUCAGAUGGCAAUAUUUCAGUGGCUUGUAACAAUAUCAUGUUAGUUCCCAUUGGAAACAAGCUUUGUGAAGCCCCAUUUCCUUAUUGGCACAAGUAUGUAAUCAGUGAAGCUGUAAGUCAUGAGUUGGAAGUAAAAAAAUAUAAUUGUUUUGGUCCAACACAUGAGUUUAAGCUGCAAUAGCUGUGUACAGUGAUCUAAUGUAGCUGUGUCAAAUGCACGCAGAGACGCAUCACGCAUGUUCCUCAUGCAUACCACCUGGCUCGGGAUUAUGUUACUGGCAGAAUAAGGGUUAAAUUCUUUUGUACAAACUGCACCAUCAUUGUUUCUUUCAAGUUUUGUGUUGGUGUUGGAAGCACAUUAAAUGUUACAUGAAUAAAAGGCCAAAGCAGCACAUUAUGAAAUUGCUUUAUAACUAGUUUAGCUCAGAUGAACUCAUGCUUCGACAAUCAAUUUUCUAGUCCUGAUUAAAACUAGAAUAUAAUCUUUGAUAAGUGCCAUAGGAGUAUAUCCUUUUAAAAAGGUGUACUUAACUGAAGUAUAAAUAUUGAAUCGGGGUCGGCAAAGAAACCUCUAAUCGUGGAAGAAGCUUGAUUACAGGUGAAUGUCAUUCAGUGUCAGUUGCAUAGAUAUUAUGUAGCACCACAACAUAAUGAGAUUAGAGUAAGAUAGAGCAUAAAUAUAAAUACAAAAUGCAUAAUGUAUUCAUCAUUUUUGUCUAGACUAUCCCAAAUUGAAUCACCUUGUAAGUGUACCAGUUUGGAUCUUGUUUCCAUUUUGUACUUUUGCAAUUAAAAUUGAAUUUUUGGUUAAUAUUAUUAUUAUUACAAUUUUACUUGCAUUGGAACUCAGAUGGUUGUUUUUUUUCAGACAAUUUGCAUCAUUGUAUUCAACUUUUUUUAAAGAUAGAUUUCAUGAUCUUGAUAUAUCAUGGUUUAAUCUCAGUGAUCAGAAAGGACCAAUAGCAUGCUUGAAUUAUUUUACGAAUCUGUAUCUCCUUUGAUGAAUUCAAUUAUGUCAAGACAGCAUUAUUAUGUGCCAAUUAAUCUUCUUUUCUCAUGACGUGUUCUUAAUGAAUGAAUCUGUUUUCUAAGAGUAAGAAUAAUGUAGUAAUGUACUUAUCAUGUCAAGUGUUUUGUCUGUCCCUUAAAAGAACCAACUAAUUAUUUUGCAGACAUUAAGAUGGCUUAGAAUAUACCACUAGGAGGUCAUUUGGUGUCAUGUCAUGAAAUAAUAAAACAAAAAUAAGAUCCACUCGGCUUUUGCACUGGCUUUGCACAAAAAAAAAGUAUUCAAGUAAUAAAAUAAAUAUUUUGCACAAUUCCUUGAAGAUAGAUUUGAGAAGAUUCAAAACUUUACAACUAGGACAUUGAUAUCAUGUACCGUUAUAUCUUGCCACUCUUGAUACAUAUCCGUUGGUUUCUAAACAACAUCUCCCAGUUUAGGUGCAGUAAUUGAAUAGGAAUGCUUUUGAGAUAUUAAAGAAUGAACCGAAAGAUUUUGCGUAGACUCGCCAAUCAUAGUAACAGGUAUUUUCAGUCUUCAUUAAUUGCAUACGAUCUUAUGUUUCUGAAAAUGAAUUAGAAAUAUUUCUUGUUUGGCUCAAAAUGUAUCGUUUGUCAAUAGUAUGGGUAUUUGAUUAUAAAGAAUUUCAGGGGCUGUUGUAAGGAGUGUGUAAAAACCCCGACACUCCAUUGAGAAUACAAUAACAUCUAGAAAUACUUGACUUCUCCAUAUGCAGAGAAAAUUCAGGCCUUGAUCAUUUAAGGUGAGAUAUUUGUGAGAAAUUCAAUUUAUUAUGAGGGUAGUUUUUAGCCUCAUACCGUUGCCUGGAUGUGAUAAAAGAUAUUUCAUUGCAAUCAUUGAGCAUUUGAGCUUGUUUCAUGAUUAAAAUGUUGUGUUCAAAUGUUCUAUUCUCACAGAAAUGUUCAAAUAUUAAAGCCAUGUUUAGUAUAUUUGCAAUAGCAGUUUAAUUGAAAUUCUAUGGGAUUCUGCUCUUUUCAUGAAAUCAUCAGUUUAUGAACUAAUAUUUAGUACUUUGAAUGAAUUGAAUUUAUGCUUUUUUUUCGGAGCUUAUAUAGUAACUGAACAUGUUAGUAAAUCCAAUUCAUUUCAUUUCAAUGCUAAGCACUGCUAUGCAUGACUGCAUAAUAAAGCCAUUUGUUAGUGCACUAAAUUAUUGAUGUUUUAACACAGCCAGGUAUGUGUAACACUUUGUCUAAGAAUGGACAUGUUUGUACUAUUUACCUCAAAGUUGUAAGGUGUUUGUAAAUCAUGUAUGUUUUUUUUCUGUCAUCACCGACUACCCCGCACUCGAUGUACAUUAUGUAAAUGGAAAGUUAAGAAAAGGAUUCUAAAAAUACACAAAAGAUGUCACAUAUUUAAUAUUAAAAAUUUCAAAGAUGAA